AUGACACUGGGCAUUCCUAUAAAUACCAAUUUGGUAAGCUUUCGUAUAAGUUUAAUUCAACUGAUCAUUUAAGCUGAUUUCUUAUCGUGAAAUGGAUAUAACUGUAUUGCUGGUUGUAGGAAUAUCACUUCCAUUAGCGACAUCUUCCUACCAUCUUAGUGUGGAAGCUGCAUUAGCGCGGAUACAUCAGCAAAAUGAAAGACGACCCACCAGCAAAGAAACUAUCCAUUCAGUAUUAGAACAGUCACAUGACAUUGAAGAUAACUGCAAGGAACCAGCAGAUGUGAUGGCCAUAAUGUCGGAGCUUAUUCUCAAAAUGUAUUCAGACGCCGUAAACCCAUUGUUCAACGCAACGUUUCCAAUUCUUGACCGCGAUGUUGUCUCGAAUUUACAACCAGACAAUCCCGAUAUUGAUUCAAUCAAACGUUUGUGCAUUAAUGGCCUCUUUACCGCUCAAAAGAUGCGCAAUAGACUGAAAUACGCUGAUAAAAUUGGGUCACGGGACAUAUCUCCGAGACAGAGCGAAAUUGCCUUCUGUCCGUGGGUGUACAAGCGGAAUCACAACAUAAACAGGUUCCCCGUGGAUAUGUUUGAGGCUCAGUGCAUGUGUGACCAAUGUGUUAGCCGUGUGCCGGUCAAAAGACAGAAAGAUGAUGAUCGUAGAAAUGAGCAAACAACCACAGGACACUGUAAACCGAGUUUUGCCCCCACUGUUGUUAUAAGAAAGAAGUGUGAUGAUCAAAGUGGCGAAUUUAUGUAUGACCUUGACACUGAAAAUAUUGCAACGAGUUGCUCAUGUGUAUACACCGAUAAGGAAUAAUGGAUGCAGAAUAUUUUGUAUUAAUAGCUUCGUUUAGUUUACAGAUUAAUAAGAUAAGCUGAAAAAUGAA